UCUGCUUUUUGUGAAGUUGAGACCUGCUUACUUUUCGAAAUAAAUAACGGUAUAACUGAAGAAAAUAUGGAUGAAAUAAGGACAGACGAGGAGGCCAGUAAAGCCCCAGGAAUGGAGAAUACAGAAGAGUCAUUAAAAGGGCUUGAAAAGAAAUAUGAAGAUGUGUUUGAGAAAUACAAAGAAUCUCAAAGAGACGGAGAAAAGAGGAAGAAACACGAGAAAAAAAUGCCUGAAAUAUGUCUUCCAAAUCGCCUGCCAAGAAUGGAAGUCCGAGCCGACGAUCACUCAAGCGAAGUCGCAUCAAUGAAGGUAAACGCGUCUCUGCUACAGAGUAAGAAGCAGGCGCUGAGCUCUGCCUUGGCGCUGGGAAAGAAGAAACUGGAGGAGAUGAAGGAGAAGAAAUCCGAAUUGCGGAGGAAAAUAAACGUGAUGGAGACGAGAGAGUGUUCGCGGAGGACCAAGAUGGAGAUGGCGAUGAAGGCGGUGGAGAAGAUGAAGCCGCAGGUUGACGAGUUGGAGAGGGAUGUUACUCAAUAUGAAGAGAAACAGACUAAUAUGGAACAAAAUAAUGUAAAGAUUUGGGAGAAGAACAGAAAACUGGUGAUUUACCAGGCUGAAGCCAAUAAACGGAAACUGAUAAAUGAAGACUUGGAGAUGAAGGAUCAUUCACUAACGAGAAGAUCUCAAGAACUGAAAGAAAUUUGCCAAGAAUUGAAUUCGAAAGAGAAGGCUGCCAUGGAGAAAAUAGACAUUUGUUAUCAUAAGAUCAGAGAGGAAGAAACCACUGCCGAGAUCGACACGGCAUAUGGACGUAAAUGGACCAAGGUUCACGAAAGUCUUGGCCAUUGCGAUCGACUGAUAGAAAUAAGCAACCUGGAAAUUCAAGAACUGAAAGACGACACACCCAUAAUGGUUGCAGAUCAAGCAGACAGACAAGAACAAGAACCAGAAGAGAACGAGUUGGAGAUUGUAGAGUCUGUUGAUCUCAAACCCAAGGAGGCGGGUGAAUCCCCCCCACAAUCGAGUGAUUCUCCUGUUAUCGAAGAAAUUAUCCUGAAUGAUUAUCCUUUAUUUAUAGAUGACGUAACAAUGCAAGACUCUCCUAUGUAUAUGGAAGACAUUGCUAGGCAUGAUUCUCCUGUCUCAACAGAAGAUAUUAUAGAUAUUACAGAGUAAAUGUCCAACAAAUUCUCCCAAAAGCUAAAAGAUGCCUAUUUUAAGUAAGCAUUCUGCCAAAUCACGGGACAUUUCACCAACGAAUGAAGCCAUGGAGUAGAUGUUUCCUAAACAUUCCCUGGAAAUCUGU